UGUGUGAAUGCGUGUGUGGGUACCAGACUGCUCCAGCUGCCCUGAUAUCCUGAGCACAAACCCCUGUAUGUAAAGCCAUCUGCUCACAGCUGUGGAUGACCCCUGUCAAUGACAGACUCAGAGGGCUGACGUCUAGUGUCUCCCCCUUCUGGGGGGAAGCAGUACUUGAAGUGGAACAAUAUCUGCGGUGGAAGUCAGGUUUUCUCUGCGUGGAAGUCAAACGUGGAUCUCAUCAUAUUCAGAUGUGUGACCAAAAACACCAACUGCCUAUCACAUGGAUUCCCUGCAGAAGAGAGAAGAAAGGCAUAAACAGAACAUUACAUUCCUGGAACUCUGGAAGAAUCUUAUUGUUUUGCAGUGCAUAUUGUCUUUUCUGUUACUAGGUCCUGUUUGUGCCCUUAUUACCACCUGGCUAGUGUACAGCCAUUUAUGGCCCCUGUUUGCCAUCUACUGCAUCUGGUUGAUCUCUGAUUGGAAAACACCAGAGAGAGGUGGAAGAAGGUCAGUUUGGAUGAGUAGAUGGACUAUUUGGCAUUAUUUAAGAGAUUAUUUCCCCAUAAAGCUCCACAAAGCUGCAGAUAUAGACCCAAAACAUAAUUAUAUCUUCGGAUACCAUCCUCAUGGGAUCAUGAGCUUGGGAGCAUUCUGUAAUUUCGGCACAGACAGUACAGGAUUUUCCCACAUGUUCCCCAAUUUAAAGCCACAUCUGACCACUUUAGCAGGGAAUUUUAAGGUGCCUUUAUACCGAGAUUACCUACUGGCUGCAGGAAUGUGCCCAGUGACCCACUCCUCCAUAGACUACCUUCUGUCCUGUCACGGCUCUGGCAAUGCUGUAAUCAUUGUUGUGGGUGGGGCAGCAGAGGCAUUGAACUGCUCUAGAAAUAAGCAUAUACUGACCUUGAAGAAACGAAAGGGGUUUAUCAGGAAAGCCCUCACUAAUGGUGCAUCGUUGGUUCCCGUGUAUUCAUUUGGGGAGAAUGAGUUAUUUCAUCAGUAUCAAUUUGAACCUGGAAGCUGGAAGAGGAAACUCCAGGAAUCAUUCCAGCAGUGGGUUGGUUUUGCUCCCUGCAUCUUUUUUGGACAAGGAAUCUUCUCCAGUACUUCCAAAGGAAUAAUGCCCUUACGGAGAGCUAUCAACACCGUGGUUGGAAAACCCAUUCCUGUACCUAGGAUGGAGAACCCUUCUGAGCAGCAGGUGGAUGCAUAUCAUGCGCUGUACAUUGACGGUCUACAAGAGCUUUUCAAUACCUACAAAGAACGCUUCGGUCUACAAAAAAGUGACACUUUGUUGCUGGUAUGAGGACAUGAGUUAAAUGAAUCAUUGGACCAACAUUGAUGACAACAUAUUAUUACCUUCUUUACCAGUGGAGGACUCUGACAAUACAGAAUAUGUUGGCUUUCUGCAAACCAAGAAUUGGACGGCCAUUCAGCCUGACUGGAGCGAGGCAUAUUGUUCUGCUUUCUGGACACUGUUACAAAGAAGAGUAAAAUCAUGGGGGAAAAAACUCUAAGGCUUUCACAGUGUAUAACAAUAUCCAUCCAACUAAUAACAAGUCUUCCAGGGACGGGGGUUAAUUAAAUCAGUGUUCUACUGCCAUAUGACAAUUGUUUGUAUAAUAUAAUCAACACUGACAUAAUGGAA